AUGAACGAUGUCGUCGCCGCCUGGCUUCAAGACGUGAUUCAAGCCGAGCCUGCGGUACUCCCGUCUCCCCCGCCAUCGCCAACACACUAUAAGCGAAAAGCUACCCUGCAGCGCGAACCCGGCGAAUUCAAACGUCCAGCUUUCGGUACAGCAAUGAACGCACGCCAGCAGCGGGCGCUGCGGCGGAACAACAAGCGGGAUACCAGCGGGGAAGACAGGGCCUCGUCGAGCGCGAGCACUAAUGACGUGAGCGAUGAAUGCCCUGGGUCACCCACACCAACGUCACGGUAUAGGCAACAUGGAACAACACUGGUCGAGCCGGGAACGACGAAGACCAAUGCUCGCGAUUCCGAUCUAUUCUUUUCGCAGGCAAAUCAAGCUUCGGCCUAUACCAUCGCCAUCGGUAGCUCGUCAUCUAAGUUGCAAUCCCUCACGGCUCUUUCUGACGCUGCUAGCAAACAAUCCCGCAGCCCGGUAAAAGGCAUGGCUAGUCUGCAGUUUGCCGAAAAGCCAGUCCUCUCUGCUGAGCUCACAAGACAAGACCAGAUCCCAACCGACAUAUCGAACCUGAUCAAAGACAUCAAGCGCAUCAGGGCAGGGAUAGCCAUCGUUCCCAAAGCAAUGCGACAGAACAUUGAACAUGCAAUUGAAAGCAUCUCGCUGCUCGAGCCAGAACUCGACGAAAAGAAUAUUGAUAAUGCACCUGCGAUGAGGCCGGACCGUGAGUUACAAUACGAGUUGGAUACACUGUGCUGGGUUGUGCGUGACACGAAGAAUGCUCUCAGCCACGACCGCUCUGAGGCGCACUGGAACGAGCGCGUUCAUUCCCGCAUUCUGAUUGCCGCAAUUGAGAGAGACCGCGAUUGCGACGUAGUGGAUGGCUGCUUUGUUAGUGUGCUCAACUCAACACAAGCUACCAUCGCCCCGGCAUGUAUACCCCGUCGAGGUCCCAAUAUCGAUAUGGAGGCGAAAAUGGUCGAUUAUUGCAUCUGCAUUUCUGAUCAGGAUGUAGAGACAGCUGCGCGGAAAGCCGUUAGCACGCAGUCAUGGUCUUCAGCGCACCGCACACCGAGCUCCGCGAGCGUUGCCUCAUCAGCUAGCGCCGCCAGCAUGACGAAGAAAAGGAAACUACCGUCGCUGCCCGAGUCAAUCAAUCACACCGAGUACGCGCCUUUGACACUGAGCCCGAUCACCGUGAGCAUCGAGACUAAGAAGCCCGGUGGGUCUGAGGAUGCGGCUAAGGCGCAGCUUUCCGUGUGGGUUUCGGGCCAGAUUAAUCGGCUGCAUCAGUUUCUUGGGCCACAGCCUGUUGGUAUUACGCUGCCGCUACUAUGCGUGUCUGGGUCCGUGUGGCAAGUGUUAUUUGCGGUUGAAAAUUCUGACUAUAUUGAAAUUCUUCAUUCCUUUCGGUUAGAUGCGGUGACACUUCUCGGGUGUUACCAAAUCGUGGCUUUAUUGCGCGCGUUAAGGACAUGGAGUGAGACGGUGUUUCGGGAUUGGUUCCUUGAGUCAUUCUUAGCGCAAUAG